AUGUCCCAGACUCACUUAGGCCUGCUCGGAAACCUCAGGAAGGGAGUCCCGCAGGGUCCUCACAGACUUGGUUUAUUUCCCCUUACACUGUCCUUUUCCUUCACAGAGAAGACCCUGAUGGGGCAGGACAGGGAAAGGGAAGGGGUAUGGGUGGGGACAGGGGGAGCCCUGACCCCCAGUACUUCCUCCCCAUUCCCCCCUGAGCCUCCGGGGGCCUCAGGCAACAUCAUCCCAGUCUACUGUGCUCUCCUGGCUGCUGUAGUCCUGGGUCUGCUGGCCUACGUGGCCUUUAAGUGUUGGCGCUCCCAUAAGCAAAGACAGCAGCUGGCCAAGGCUCGGACUGCUGAGCUCGGGGGCCUUGACAGGGACCAGGUGCGUGGAGAGAGCAGCGUCUUCCUGGACUCUCCCGGUGGCCCAGAACCAUGUGCCCCCAGCCAGGGGCCAAAUGCAGAGCUCGGCUGCCGACUUUACCUUCAUCUCCCUCGGCAGCAGCAGGAGGAAGUGGGACAGCUCCUGGAGGCGCAGGGCGAACCUGCUAAAGGUUGGCAGGGCCUGGCAGGCCACUUGGGCUAUCGGGCCGAAGCUGUGGAGACCCUGGCCCGGGGCCAGGCUCCAGCCUACACCCUGCUGAGGGACUGGGCCCUCCGGGAGGGUAAUGGAGCCACCCUCAGGGUGCUGGAAGAUGCCCUGGCUGCCGUGGGCCGUGAUGACGUGGCCCAGGUCCUGCGCACCCUCACUGAGGGCUGCUCUGUGGUGUGA